CACAGUUUGUUUUUCAGUGCGUCAGAAAUGCUGCUGGUGGAAGUUUCGUCCCUGCUGCUCCUCUGCGUCUCUGCAGCUGCAGGUCAGCAGGGGAUAACAGUGAAGCCUGGAGACGAAGCCACUCUUCAGUGUCACUGUCCCGGCAAUGAUGCCGUCACACUGUUAGAGUGGACCAGACUGGAUCAGAAAUCAGAUCUUUACGUGUUCUUCUACCGGAACAAGCGGUUGUACAAAGAUUUCCAGCUUCCGUCUUUUCGAGGUCGAGUGGAGCUGAGAGAUCCAGAGAUGAAGGACAGAGACGUGUCUGUGAUCUUGAAGAACGUCACCAUCAAUGAUACUGGAACGUACAAGUGUCGAAUUGUCAGCCGCAAAACAGAGAACGGUGAAAGAACAACCAGUGAGUCCAGCAACUUCGUCAGCCUGACUGUCACAGACUCAGUUCACUCAGCUCCACACAAGUUGGCUGAAGAAAAGAAGGAUGAAGGAGACAAUGGUGGAGGAAACGAGGAUGGGAGAAAGAGUCAGAAACCUGUUGUUGUAUAUGCGGCUUGUGGGACAUUUACUGUCAUGUUACUUAUUAUUGGUGCUGUCUUAAUCAGAAAGUUGAUAAACAAACAGACGUAUGUCCAAACAGAGAAAAAAGAGAAGGAAGCUGGACUUCAUGUGACACAAACAAACCACAUGAGCCAAUGUGUUGAUCAGCGGAAAUAUUCAGCUGUUUGAUCACAAGUGUGGGGGGGCCGAACGUCCCCUCUGUCCAUGUUUUUCCUCUGGAGGAGGAGGUUCACAGGAAAUGCCAAGAGUUCCUCCUGGAUCAGACCCGGUCAUUACAGGCCGGUAAACUCUAAAUCCAUUUUACUGAUCAACACACAGUGAAACACUUUUCUGUUUCUGAGUUUCAGUCAAAUUCUACAACACUUUUACAAAAUCAUAACACUAAUAAUUAGGGCUGUCAAUAGAUUAAAAAAAAUUAACUAUUUAAUCUCACAUUUUGAAAUUCAUUAAUCUAGAUUAAUCGCGAUUAAAAGUUUGUCUUUCUUCUAAAGACUAAAUUCUAUAAAUUAACGAGUAAUCACUUCAGACAGCCUGUAUUUUACACAAUGUUGUGGUUUUCAAAGAGGCUCAGGCCUAUGACACAUACCUAUAAAGUGGCAGCCAGGUCGUUAAAUAUCAUGUUCGAUAAAUUGCGUAUAUAUAUAUUUUUUUAAAAGAGCUGAAAAUAUUCCCAAUGUCCUUGGAAACAAUAACACUUCGUCUUUCUUCAUUGAAACAUCCAGAUUAGUAAAAGGUAAAAAAAAAAAAAAGAUGUAUUUGAGACACCAUUGGUACUGUCAUCUUUAACAUUGAACAACACACACAACAGCAUAACAAGUGGCCUUGGUAAACUGAACUUACAUUCAAAUCUGUCAUGUUAAAGUGCAAAAACUUAAAGUGCAAACAAACAUGAAAAUGAAAACAGGAAGAUCUCUGCUACUUCAAAGGUCCCACCGUUUGCCCAUUUUACCACAGUUGAUAUGGUUCCUUGGGGUCUUAAUGAAAUGUGUAACAUAUUUUGCUCAAAAUACCACAAGGAUCAUUUAAAACAGCAGCCUUUUAACCCUGUCUAAAACAGCCCUCCUCAGACUGACCUGUUUUGAGUGCUGGAGACGAAGAUACAAUAUUUCAACCAUAUCGUUUUGAACCAGAGUCAGGUGGGCCGAAGCCUGGCUGCUAGCUAGAGCCCCAGCACAGGCCCGCAGUGGGAGCUGUGGGCGCUGGAGCUCUCCAGCGACCACAGCUCCAGUUAGCAGCCCGGUUAGCUCCGGGGGCUAGCUGGCUAGCGCCGCGCAGCGCAGAGUAGGACUACACACACGAACAUGCGCACAAACACACACACACACACACAGUUCGAGGAAGAUAAAAAAAAGUUCACAUGAGAGGGUGGAAAGAGUGGAGUUGCCUGCCUGGUUCAAGUAGCUUCUCCAACUUCUCCAGUUCAGCCAGCUCCGGUGAAAUGAACAUCGAGAUGUUGGUCUUGUGCUGAGCGAGGGUGGCAGCGACCGGACCCUUGUUUCGCUGGAUCCGUUUGAUAACCUCCAAGGCAGAAUUCCACCGGGUGGCAACAUCUUGAACUAGCGACUCUUCCUGCUGUCCUUGUUUGCUGUGCUUUCAUUCAGACGGGACUUAUCUUUUGACGGGCUGUGUUUGAAGUGCGUCGAGGAAUUACAACGCACAGUUCUCCGCUGUAUAUCGCGCCUCUGUUUUUUUUACUUCCAAUGCAAAAUAUCUAAUUUUCCAUACAUUGUCAAUAAAAUGAGCUGUGACACCCUGGUAAUGGUCAUUGCUGACUAGGGUUGCCAACCGUCCCUUGAAAAACGGAAUCGUCCCGUUUACGGGACAGGUGCUUUUGUUUCUAAAUACGGGACGAUUCCAUUUUUCAAGGGACAGUUGGCAACCCUAUUGCUGACUGACGUCCAGUGGUCACCGGUGAGGGCGACGCUGGCAGCUUGCUCGAGGAGCUGAAUUUUCUUCCGCGCACCGGAAGUAAACAAAGUUGCGUUAACUGAGUUAAAAUAUUUUAUCGCAUUAAUCUCGGGCACAAUAAUCUCAUAGAUUAACACUUUAACUUUGACAGCCCUACUAAUAAUAUGAUAGGAUUCUAGCGUCUUUGUUAUUUUGAAAAUGUGUUAAUGUGAAUGCGGCAGGAAGCUGAACGUCUGUUAGGAUGCUGCAACAAGUGGAGUGCAUCUUUAACUAAAACACAACACGAAUUUUGUAAGUUGAAAAUACUAAAAAUAUAUCAAAUUAACGUUGAUUUAAUCGUUAGCAACAGAACAUUGUUUUUGAAACUAACAAUUUAGUAGCACUUAAAUGACACUUACUUAUAGCACUCUGUAGUUUUGCUUUAUUUUGAAGAAAUUGUACUUUCUGGAUUCUUGUUGUUCUUGGUCUGUACCCUCGGUCUGUACCCUUGAUUCACUUAUUGUAAGUCGCUUUGGAUAAGCUAAACGAAAUGUAAUGUAAUGUAAUAAUAACAUGUAAACAUGUCAGGAAUAAAGGAGUCAAUCAGGAAGUUGAAUGUUAUAUGAACAUGAAUGUACUUUUUUGUUAUCAGCAUUUGUAUCAGAUUUACAUAUUUUUAAUAAAAACAUUUUUAAAGAA